AUCAAAAGAGCUGGUUUAAAUGCCUCGAUGGGUCCGCGUCUGAAACAUCUGGUGUCGUUUGUACCCAUUGACAUGAACCACGAAAAGUCCCAUAGCGUUGCUACUGAAGUCUCUGAUUUGAGUAUGGACAAUGGUUCUGACGGAAACGAUGGCUCUCCUUACAUCCUUGUUCAAAAUGACAUGGAUGAGAUACUUGCACCAACUGAAAGCCCUUCAAGCCUUCCUGCCAAGGACCUCGCUCGUUACAAACAACUGUUCAAUGACAACAUGCAAAAUAAGCCUGUAAACUAUGAUCAGGCGUUUGCUUUGCUAUUGUCUUGGGACCAGGAAAUUUCGGAUCUCGAAGUUCACCACGAGUUUGAUGAACUACAAAAGUUUCUCGAGGACGAAUACGGGUUCACUGUUCAGCGUGAACAGCUUGGCGGUGGUAAGCCGCAUCAUCAGCUGAAUCGGAUUCUUUCGAGUUUCAUGGAGGAGUGUGAUGGCGAAGAUCGUCUGUUGAUCAUUUAUUAUGGGGGCCAUGGACGAUAUCAGUAUGUUCCUGAACGACAGUAUAAUGGAAUUGAACUUGCAGCAUCAGCGAGCCAGCAGAAUGCGCACAAUCUGGUGUGGUCGAGGGCCGAAAGCAACAUUUCAGAGGCUCAUGGUGACGUCGUUCUAGUAUUUGACUGUUGCUUUGCAGGAAGUUUUGGGGGCGUAAGGGUUCGCGCCCCCCAACCGCACUUCGAAUUUAUAGCAGCAUGCGGGGCGAAAGAAGUCGCUGCUCUUCCUGGUCCUGGGUCCUUCACUACAGCUUUCAUGCAAGCGAUGCGAGAGUAUAAAGACAGUCUGGAGUGUCCAUUCACUACCAGACAACUGGUCGCCAGGAUCCAAGCGAUCCUCGCCAAUCGGCCUGGCCCUGGCAAGAAACAAACGCCGGAGCUACAAGUGCGGGACAAAUUCUCAGCUGGAGGUAACAUAUGGAUCUCUCCACGGAAUCUCAAUGUCCAUGCAAUGGAAAAGAUCGAGUCACAGGGAGAGCAUAGACGUGCGCAUCACGAGUACAUUGAUCUCCGACUUAAUUUCUACCGAAAGCUAGAGCCAGCCGAUGCUGUAAACGUCGCUAAACAUCUCACCCGGCUUGUACGGGAUGAAGACGACUUUGCAAAAGAGAUUACACUGAUCAAAGUGUCCAAUCCGACAGCAGAGAUUGCCCAGCACUGGAUGGAACGAACUAGACGCAACUCAAAGCAUAGGAGAUCGCCUUCAGAACAAAGUUCUUCCCCCAGGACUGAUUUCGGUGGCACCACACGCGCUGGAUCUCCGGUCAAUGGUAUAUCAAUCGGAGUGGAAGUGGUCCAGAAGCUUCAGCACUCGGUUCCUAAGCUGGGCCCACCGUUCCACAAGCAUUUAGACCUGACUUCCAGUGAUAAUACAGAGCCAUUGGAGCCGCAGAUCUCUAUAGUACAGGAGUCUACAGUCAGUUCGGAAGCUCAUAUUGGAUAGUAUAACGCCGUGUAAACACAAUUACACACACACGCGAGCCUCAAGUUUCGUCUCAGCAAGUCAAUGCAAUCAUGUAUCCUAUCCUCCUUCUCCUGUAUGUAUCAGUCUCUAAUCAAUCAAUCGAUGCGUUUGUAUAUUAGACUUCCCUCAGGCACUAUAAACUUGUUGUGAGACCAGCACAAAUUGAGGAUCACCCUGACACCAUCAUCAUGCACCAGCACUUUAUCACUGGCUACAAA